AUGUCGGCAGCACGCGCAGCUUUUUCGCUGGCCCGGCGGGUGCCGUUCAAGCCCGCUCGAAUCGCUCCUCGAACAUUUUCCACCAUGCCAAUUCGAAGGGAGAAAUUGGACCCAAAGCCUGGCGAGUCGACCAGCAAAAUCAUCCCUUUCGACCAAAUCAGGUCGGAACAGGAUCUUCUCCCGCCCGGCGCCGAGCCCGGUACCGUGCCGACCGACCUCGAACAAGCCACUGGUUUGGAACGUCUUGAGAUUCUCGGAAAGAUGCAGGGAAUCGAUGUUUUCGACAUGUCACCGCUUCCGUCGGACAGAAUCGGCACCUUUGAGAACCCAAUUGUCGUCAAAUCAGCGGGAGAAGAGAUGCAGGUCGGCUGCACUGGAUCUCCUGCUGACUCGCACAUUGUCAAAUGGCUUGUGAUGUCCCGAGAUCGGCCAUUCGAGCGAUGCCCAGAGUGCGGCAGCGUCUAUAGAAUGGAAUAUAUUGGACCGGCCGAUGACCACCAUGGUGACCACCACGGCUACGAGGAGCCGAAGACCAUGGCUGAUUACGUCAAGCCCGAAUACUGGUACAGAUGA